UCUCAGAGGAGGUUAAAGCCUGAGCCCCUGCAGGGUGACCCUCACUGAGGCUGUGCUGCAGCUCUGCACACACACACACACACACAUCGGUGAUUGAUGGACACGCCAGCCAAUCUGUGAGCUUCGGAUGCAAGAAAAGUCACCUUCUCGAGCGCAGCGACCAUGAUGAUCAAACCGUUUGGGAGGCAAGGAGAGGGAGAAGAGGACAUCAGCCCCGAGGCGUGGAUGGACGGAGACAUGAGCUCGCCGGAUGGAGACGCACCUUUGAGCUCACACCGCUACAGGGCCAACCAGCCGCCCCGGGAGGAGGGCAGUGAGGCAGCUGAGGAAGACGAGGAGGAGGAGGAAGAAGAAGGAGACCAGGAGGAAGAAAACCAGGCCAAACAAUGCGGCCCCAAGAGGAAGCGGGUGACUAAACCCCGGCAGGAGCGCUUCCGAGCCCGCCGCAUCAAAGCCAACGCCAGGGAGCGCUCGCGCAUGCACGGCCUGAACGACGCUCUGGAGAACCUGCGCGGCAUCAUGCCUUGCCACUCCAAAACGCAAAAACUCUCCAAAAUCGAGACCCUGCGGCUGGCCCGGAACUACAUCUGCGCUCUCUCGGCUGCCCUGGACGGGGGUCUGUCCAUGGAGAGCCGGGCUUUCAUGGAGACCCUGUGCAAGGGCCUCUCCCAGCCCACCACCAACCUGGUGGCCGGCUGCCUCCAACUGGGCCCGCCCACACCCGACGACAGAGCCCGCCCGCCCCCGGUCCCCCUCGGCGGCAUGGCCAACUACUCGUCCCCGGGCCUGCCGAGCCCCCCCUACGGCAGCUUUGACUCCGCCCACCUGCUCCACCUGAGGGCCAUGAAAGGAGCGGGCUACGAGAGCCACUCGCCAAAUGAGUAUACUACGGGCGGCGUGGGCACACCCCCCUACGAGGGGCCCCCCACCCCGCCUUUGAGCAUCAGCAGCAACCUGGUCAGCAAACAGGAGCCGUCGCCUCACUACUUACCGCCGUCCCACUACUCCCCGACCCCUGUGGACCACAACCUGUACCAGUCUCAGACCUCCUAUGGCGUGCCGGCCUCGUAUGACUCCUACCACCCGCCGCACAUGACCCCCCGACAGAUAACCCCCGUCUACAGAGACUGAGAGACACUUCCCGCCAAGCCUAGAGUAAAGUGGUGCACACUUAGAACACACCUGACACUUCCUCCUCCUCAAAAUGACCACGUGGGAAUUCUACGGUCCACAAAGUCCUGAUCAUAAACAAGCACUUCUGGGAACAUAUCUUUUAUUUAUUGUCUAAUUUAAUACACUAUUGUGCACAUUG